CAAAUAUUCGCUUUUCACACCAACGCGACACAGUAAUAUUUCAAAUAAAAUUCACGUAAAACGAAGGUAAAUUUUGGUCUUUUAUCCUCAGAGUUUACGAGACCGUCAACUACUUUACGGAUAGAAGAAAUUUAAAAGCAUAUUCCUUGUAUCGACGAUAUUCUUUCGCGUGAUGUUUCGAUAUUUCGUUCUAAACGUUGAGUACAAGUAUCAUCACAAGUUACUUAUUUUUACAAUUGAUAAUUAUCCUAAUAAAUAUUACGUUCAACUUUUUAUUUUUGUGUGUGAAAUUGACAAAGGACGAUGUAACGUUUGCCUCGAAAAUUCUCUUAGCUCGACAAUGUAUCAGCCGCUUUUGCAUGACAUUUAACUUUAGAUUAGCGUCGUCUAUGUGCUCCUGUUUUACUAACUUAUUGGGAGUACGUUGGGAACUCAGGGGGAGAGAACAUUUAGAACAAGAUAGAGCAUGCAUAAUAGUAGCGAAUCACCAGAGUUCUUUAGACGUAAUGGGAAUGUUUCAAAUAUGGCCAGUAAUGGAUAAAUGCACGGUGGUGGGAAAGAAAGAGCUUUUUUAUGCGUGGCCUUUCGGGCUGGCUGCUUGGCUUUGCGGAUUGAUAUUUAUAGAUAGAAUGAAUUCAGAGAAGGCCCGUAAUUGUAUCAAUACCGCCACUAACCACAUCAAAGAUAAAAAGAUUAAACUAUGGAUAUUUCCCGAAGGCACCAGACGCAAUACUGGUCAGAUUCAUCCUUUUAAAAAGGGUGCCUUUCACGUUGCCAUUAGUUCCCAAUUACCUAUAUUACCAGUCGUAUUUUCUUCCUACUACUUUUUAUCUUUUAAAGAAAAGAGGUUCGAUUCAGGUCAAGUGAUGAUAACAGCGUUACCACCGAUAUCUACGGAAGGCUUAAAAACAGACGAUGUCAGUCACUUGAUGCAAAAGACACAGAACGUUAUGACGGAAGUUUUUCAAGCAACUAGUCGCGAAGUACAACUUUCAAGUACUUGUACUGCUUCCUAGAGUAAACCGGUCAUUCCAUGCGAAUUCGAUUCGCUAUUUCAUCGUUGGACGCUCAGCGGGGUAACUAAGUCUCAGUUUGAAAACCAAAGACUAUUUUUCUAUAUUUUAUGAUGCGCUUAUUUAAUAAUUAUAAUUUUAAUAUUCUACAAAGUAUUCCUAGCACCUGUAAAAUACGUGCAAGCGAGUAUUAGAAUAAAUCUUGUAUGUAUAACAAACUUAUUCUCUCUUGCUAGCAAUUUAUCACAUUUAAGUAUUCAAACCUGAAUCGACAACUUUCUGAAUCUUGGUAAUAUUUAUAUUUUGCUUUACAUAUUUCAUUUUACAGCAACUCUAUCUUACUCACUUUUUAUUACUUUAAACAAACUUUUCAACCUCGCUUAACGAACUUUGAUAUAAUCGAUGAAUGCAUGUAAAGUGAUAAGUUUUUUUUCGUAUAAAAAUAAAGUAUUAAUAUAUUAUGGAGCAGCUUUAACACGGACAGAUAUUUCGUUUCGGAACGAACGAAUAUUUUAAUUUUAUCUUUAUAUUGUAUAUAUAUACAUGUAUGUAUGUAUAUCGUUAAAGUAAAUGUAUCUCAUACAUGUUUUAUAUGUUUUAAUGUUUAUAUACACGUACGGUGAAAGUUAGGUGUAAGAAAAGGAGGAAGAGAAAGAAUCUGCUGUAAACGUCUUAAACGUUUCAGCUAAAUUAUUCAAAGGUCAGAAAAUUCGUGCGUAUAUCUCAAUUUUUAAUAAAUCAUACAAUCGAUUCUUUUUCUUCCUAUAAAUAAUCGUUUCAGUAAAUUAUAUGGAACAUGUUUUAUUUAGAUUUUAUACACUAUUUUAUACACUAUUUUAUACACGCUGGUCCUUAAGGGUGCGCAGGAGUCAGAGCAAAACUCCAAGUUGACUUUAGCAACAGUUGCGAAAAAAGUAGGAUAGAUCCUACCGUUUCGUCUCAUCUUUUUCUGAUUUUUAAAAAAAAUCAGCCGCAAAGGUUGCUUCCUUAACUCAUAAAAUGAUAAUAACUGAUUUGAAAAAUUACAAAUGUUUGACAUCAUUCUGUCUUUGUCUCUCCUUCGAUUGUUGUGUCUCCCUCUCUGUCACAGCAUCAUUGGAGUGACAAGGAUCUAUCUAUCCUUGUCCCGGAACUUUUCCUACUUUUUCCGCAACUCUCGCUGAAGUCAACUCGAAGUUUUGCUUUGACUCCUGCGCACCCUUAAAAUUAACAGUUUAUUCUUAAUUGGUUAUUUUUUUUGUUAAACUUGCUUGUUUUUUUAUAUUAUUUCAUACUUUAAAAAGUGUAAAUCUAUAAAAGUGAAUAAUAAUUACGAAAUUCAUUAAUGAAAUUUAUACACUGUGAUAAAAUUCUCAUUAGAACUUGUACUAUCGGUUGCACACUUUCUUCUUAGAUUUACCGUUAUAUUAAGAUUUAUCAAUAUUAUCGAUAAUUAGAAGAAAUUAAGUUGCCAGUCUCAUUAUCAAGAGUAUAAAUACCUACAUAGAAACACCGACAAAGCUAUUAUAUCAAGACAUCGAGCAUUGUACAAUUAAAUUUUUAUAUCAUAAUGUUUAUGUGCCAGGGAAUGUAUACAUACACAUGGCGUGAUUUAUGAACGCAUGUCAAUUUGGAUUGGGAUCGCGUAUUCAACAAUUGCCAAACGUACAGAAUCCACGAGAGAAAAUCCAACUUUGUAGCAUGCAGUAAUAUAACUCUUUUCAUUUAGCGUGUAGAUUUAUGCUCUGAAGGUAUGAGAAGACAUACAUUUACGAAUCGUCUUGUAUUAUUCGAAAUUAUCGUUCUGCUAUACCGAUGGUCCAAAUACAAUCGCAUGGAUAUAUAUAUAUAUAUAUAUAAAUCAACUAUUAUGGUACGGUAGCUAUAAUAGUUUGUCGUAACAUUAUUCUCGCAAAAAGGAAGCGCACAGUUCCAGAAAUUUUUGUAAAAUUUAAAUAUGUAUCAGAUUUGUAAAUAAAUUAAAAUCUUUUGACUUAGGCUUGUGGAAAGUUGAACAUUGAAUUAUAUAUUAAUGCAGGUACAUUUAAAAUAUACACGAAUAGGAUACAUUAAUUGGAUCGAAUUGUUUUAGAACUAACGAAAUUAUCAUUGCAUCGUAUAUGUUAUAUUUACUCCUAUUUAAGUAAACAUGUCAAUUAUACGGUACAAAUAAAUUUUAACCGACUAAUGCACAGAUUACAUUUACUAUACCAAAAGCAUACAUGCAUUUGAGA